AUGAAUUUGCUAUCUGAGGAGCGGAGCAAGAUCUCUCUUCGGAGCGUGAAGCGCAAGAAUAAACCAACGGGCGCGCCCAAGAUCUCGGCCCCCAUUCCGCACGAUGUUCACACGCAACCUCUCGUUCCGUUACCCAAUGCCCAGGCUCGACCUCGUCAGCGAGCACCUCCCUCCACAGGCGGAAAGCGUCUGCCGCCAGCUCGAGUUGCGGGUGCCGCCCCCAACUUUGACCCGAAAGCGCUGCAUGAUCCGAACCUGGUCCCUGACCAAUAUGUUGCUGGAACGCUCGGGGACGCAACUGAGAACCAAAUACGCGACUUUGAAGACCAAUUGAGAUCAUACAAGCAAGAUGCGUCCACAAAGCUCCAGCAGAACCUGCUCCAGAAUCGUACUCAGUUCAUCAAGAUUAGUAAAGAGGCUGAGAAGUUGAAGAGCGAGAUGCGAGCCUUGAGGAAUCUCAUGUCCGAGUUGAAGACCAACACGACGGCCCUCCGAUCUGCGUCAAACAAAGGUGAAGGUGGCCCAGACCUGGGAGAGAUGUCCACGGGUCUCAGCAAGAGGGACAAGCGAAGCUCUGUAGCGGAUAGAACCGCGCUGUGGAACUCGCAGAUGCAGGCGCUGUACAAGAGCGUAGAGGCUUCACAGAAGUUUCUUCCAAACACACCUGGGCGCCACGUUGUGCAGAAUGCUGGCCCAUGGAUCGAGCUGGACAAUGCGACGUACAAGGCGCGCAGAGCUAUGCAGAUCUUCCUGCUGAACGACCAUUUGCUUAUCGCCUCGCGCAAGAAGAGAAAGACUGAAGGACCAAACGACGCCAAGGGACCAAUGUCCAAGAUGGUGGCUGACAGGUGUUGGUCGCUACUGGACAUUGAAGUGGUGGAUAUGGCCAGCACAGGUGAAUCUUCGGGUGGCCGAAACAAGCUGGCCGAUGCUAUCAUGGUCCGCGGUGGAGGCCAGGACUCGUUCAUCUACCGGACGGAGAAGCCCGAGGAUCCUGAGAAGAAGACGCUACUGCUCAAUGUGCGGAAAGCCGUUGAGGAACUUCGCAAAGGUCUGCGGUCGGAGAUGGAGGCCAACAACAAAGCCCGCGAGACCAUCAACUACUUCGCAUCGAGGGACCCUGGUCUUUUGCAGAAGACGGAACUUCUGGAAACGCUGUCUGACGUCAAGGAUAUGCUCAUCGAGGUUGACGGCAAGCAACAAAACCUGCGAUGGGUAGAAAGCCAGAUGGAUGAGCUAGACAUUGACAUUGCAGUGCAGGAUAUUGAGCCGGCAGUCGCACGCGUCGAAAAGCUCAGGGGGUUGGCAAGGGGCUUGAAGAACAACGCUGUUGCCGUGGACUUUAUUAACUUCAAGGUCGAAGAAAGAUGCAGUAGGCUGGGCACAGUUCUCAUCCGAGAACUGAAAACAACACACAACGAGCAGAGCAAGACGAGGCGCAACGUCAGCUGGCUCACGAGGUUGGGUUUCGAGGAUAGAGCCAGGGAGGCAUACCUUGCAGCUCGAAGCGACACGAUUCACAAACGAGCGAGGCAAUGUAUCUUUCAGGGCGACCUUCACUUGUAUAUCUGGCAAAUAUCCUUUGUCUACUUUAUGGUCAUUCACAACACCGUCAAAUGCUUUCAAGGCUGUUUCCCACCGCCAAUGAUGAGCACGUGCGUCAAAUGGGCAAAACAGGAGGUUGAGGCCUUCAACUCCGUUUUGGCAAGACAGCUUAGUAGCACGGAAAGAGGUGGUGAAGUCUGGAAAACGUGCAUGGACAGAGCUAAAGAGCACGCGUCGAUGCUGUCCGAGGCUGGGCUGGACUUUACUGAUCUUGUCGGGAGGGACCGACGAGGAAGCUCAGACGCCAUGGAUACCAACAUGGAGGACGUACCCAGGGCGCCCGCCGACGUGUCGCCCGUGCAGACGGAGCCUGCCUCUAUCCCUACACUAGAUGGGUGGAUCGAGAGCCUCAUGGCCUGCAAACAGCUGUCAGAGGGCGAUGUUCAAAGGCUUUGUGAAAAGAACUCGUGCUUUGAAUGUUCACAUUUGGCGCAGAAAUGCCCGGUCACCGUGUGCGGUGACAUCCACGGCCAGUUCCACGAUCUUAUGGAGCUCUUCAAGAUUGGUGGACCCAACCCAGACACCAACUACCUAUUCAUGGGUGACUACGUCGACCGUGGAUAUUACUCCGUCGAGACAGUCACGCUCCUCGUCGCCCUCAAGAUCCGAUACCCCCAGCGCAUCACCAUCCUCCGUGGUAAUCACGAAUCCCGUCAGAUCACUCAAGUCUACGGCUUCUACGACGAGUGCCUCCGGAAAUACGGCAAUGCCAAUGUGUGGAAAUACUUCACCGAUCUUUUCGACUACCUGCCGUUGACUGCCCUCAUCGAGAAUCAGAUCUUCUGCCUUCACGGCGGCCUUUCGCCGAGUAUCGACACGCUCGACAACAUCCGUGCGCUUGACCGCAUUCAGGAGGUGCCCCACGAAGGCCCAAUGUGCGACCUUUUGUGGUCUGAUCCCGAUGACAGAUGUGGCUGGGGCAUCUCUCCCCGUGGUGCGGGAUACACAUUCGGCCAAGAUAUAUCAGAGGCGUUCAACCAUAACAAUGGCCUAACGCUCAUUGCUCGUGCGCAUCAGCUGGUCAUGGAAGGUUACAACUGGUCGCAAGAUCGCAACGUGGUGACGAUCUUCUCGGCGCCCAACUACUGCUACCGAUGCGGUAACCAAGCAGCGAUCAUGGAGAUCGACGAACACCUCAAGUACACAUUCUUGCAAUUUGACCCCUGCCCUAGAGCCGGCGAGCCGAUGGUGUCGAGGCGAACACCCGACUACUUCCUCUAA